AGCGAAAGCAGCGGACACACGUUACUGCGAAGCGGCGGACUGAGCAUCGGACUAAACACCAAAGAAUCAAAUAAAGACGAAGACAUUUCUUCAAAAAUCUUGGAGCCACGAUGGCACGAGGGGAGGGCGCGGAACAGUGCGCAGCGAGUUUAUUAACAGUCAAACCUAUUAAUACAGAAAUCAAGACGACACUGCCAAAGGAGCAGAGGAAUCAGCUCACUGUGCGCAGCAAAAUAUGCUACGCCAUCGGUGGGGCUCCGUACCAGAUCACAGCCAGCGUUCUGGGCUUCUUUCUCCAGAUCUACCUGCUGGAUGUGGCUCAGCUGGAUCCCUUCUAUGCCUCCAUCAUCCUGUUUGUGGGCCGGGCCUGGGACGCCGUCACAGACCCAACUGUGGGUUUCCUGGUGAGCCGGAGUAAAUGGACCAGCAUCGGCCACAUGAUGCCCUGGAUCAUUUUCUCUACACCGUUUGCUGUGUUGACGUACUUCCUGAUCUGGUACGUGCCUCCAUUUGAGCAGGGAAAGUUCUUCUGGUACCUGAUCUUUUACUGUCUCUUCCAAUCAAUGCAAACGUGCUUCCAUGUGCCAUACUCAGCCCUGACCAUGUUCAUCAGCAACAACCAGAAAGAGAGGGAUUCUGCCACUGCCUACCGUAUGAUGGUGGAGGUGCUGGGUACAGUGCUGGGCACGGCGAUCCAGGGGCAGAUUGUGGGUGGCGGCGCAGAUUGUCCCGAUGAGUUCAACGUCACUGAGAGCAGCAACUCGUCCAGACACAACCUGACCACUGUUUUACUGGACCACAAGAAGCAAUCUUACAUGGUGGCCUCAGGAGUCAUCGCCAUCAUAUAUGUCCUCUGUGCUUUCGUCUUGUUUCUGGGUGUGAAGGAGAAAAAGGAGAGCGGCCCUCAAAAAUCCAACCUCCUGACCUUCCGCCAGGGCCUGUGGAUGGUGAUGAGCCACGGACCGUACGUCAAACUGGUCAUCGGCUUCCUCUUCACCUCCCUGGCCUUCAUGCUGCUGGAGGGAAACUUUGCCCUCUUCCUCACCCACGCCCUUGGACACAGGAAAGACUUCCAGAAUAUUCUGCUGGUAAUCAUGGUAUCAGGGACUCUGAGCAUCCCAUGGUGGCAGUGGUUUUUGACCCGUUUUGGGAAGAAGAAAGCAGUUUACUUUGGCAUCACAUGGGCAGUGCCCUUCAUGAUCCUGAUCGUGUGCAUCCAGAGCAGCCUCAUCACAUCUUACCUGAUCUCAUUGGCGGCAGGUGUGAGUGUAGCAGCUGCAUUCCUCAUGCCUUGGUCGAUGCUUCCUGAUGUAGUGGAUGACUUCAAGGUUAAGAACCCACAUGUCCAUGGCCAUGAAGCCCUUUUCUACUCCUUCUAUGUUUUCUUCAUUAAGUUUGCCUCUGGGAUAUCCAUGGGUAUCUCUACCCUAAGUUUGAAAUUUGCCGGCUAUGUAACCGGUAGCUGCUCACAACCAGAGACGGUCAGUCUAACCCUGAAGGUGCUGGUCUCUCCUGUGCCUGUGUGUCUUAUUGUUGUGGGACUGCUCAUAUUGAGGACCUACCCCAUUGAUGAGGAGAGGAGACAAGGCAACCAGAAACUACUGCAGGAAAUCCUAGAUUCUGAAGCCGACUCUGAGUCUGAUUCUUCAGAACUUGGGAGCAGCGUGUAGCAGAAGAGGCCAAGCCACCAACACCACCAACAACAACCAUCACUGGUUUACAUGUUUGCACAGACUGUCCAGGGACCUGACCGACAGACUAAAAGAAGUGACUGCAGACACCACUGCUGCCCAAACAUCAUCAGCAUCCAUAGUCCCCCUCGAGUGGGCCACACAGGGUCACGUGGCCCUCUAGUGGCCAACCCAUUCAGAGGUUCAUUUUUCGUGUGAAUCAAGUAUUUUCUGUUCAAAUGCACCUCCAUUUCACUGCUUUCACUUAAACUAACAAACACACACAAUACUCCACAGCGUGUGUUUUAGUAAGUGUAGAGCCAAAGUCUCAGAUUUAUUUAUGGUUGGAUUUGAGGUUUUCUUUCCUUCUUUAGCUGAAACAAGACACUGGGAUCGGUCCAUAUUUAACACAUAAAAAGGGUUUACCACUGAACUGGAUGGACAAAUGUUACAACUUCAUCACAUUUUCUGUGUGCAUCCUCUAACUAUAGCUCCUAUAAAUGAAGAGCAGAGGCUCAUGAGAGUUCUAGUCAUGUUCUAGCUCGGUCGUGUUUGCCUCAACAAGUUAUUUUCCCAAAGAUGAUCACUUUAUUGUUUAAUGAGAUGUUCCUGGAGCUACGUUACUGACCUCGACCAGUCGUAAGCAGCUCCUUCAUUUCUUAAGGACCUUGCAUUGUGGGAUAGCUGCACUCCUUCUCAACUUUUUGUCUCACCUCUGUGAAUUGGGACACCGCUCGUGAUUUGUGAUGUCGUUUAUUAGGUAUUUAUUGCUGGAUUACAAGAUCAGACCUUCGCUUGUGCAGACUUGAGUUUACUGAGGUCAGCACUAAGAGAGAGGGCUCUGAAAGAAGCAUACAGUAUCAUUUUAUUAUUAAGGGGGUACCAGCUCCAUUCCUCUGAUUCGAGUUGUUUGAAGCCAUUACUAUUUCUACUUUAAUUUGUUUUGAUUUCCUAUAGAUAAUUUAAUUGCAAUUGAAUCUUCUGACGUGGAAACGGCUCCUCGUGACAUGAAAUCCUGUGUGAAGAUAAUCUGAAUCACUGCCUUACACACAAACAUCUUGUAUAAUUGCUCGCCUCAGAUUUUUUGGUUUGUUUUUCUUUUGUGCCACUUGCUAAGGGGUUUCCCACCACACUCAGGUUGUGCUUUAACAGUGCAACUGAUCUCCAUUAGGUUUAAUAGACGUUUCUAAAUGUGCUUUGCAUCGAAGUCAUCUCCAGAAAAUGAAGUCAUUUCAUCGAGCAUAUUCUCACUUCCCAGGCGAAGGUUGAAUGCUUUAUUUAUCUAUUUAUUUAAAGUAUCUAAGGGAUUUAAAAUUGUAUUAUGAAAGCACAUUUGUAUUAUAAUUUAUUAACAGUGGAUGGUUAUUGACGCAAAUGUUAUUUUCAAGUCCUGUGUAUCACAACAUCAAAAUGAUGUUUUGAUUUUUCUUUUUCUGAGAAAAAAAAAAAGUAUCACGAGUUGCCAGGAAGUUGUUAAACAAGCUGCAUUUACAGCAUUAAGACUCAUACUGCAGAAUGAGACCAAGUAUCCUACUGUAAAGGUAUACAGGAGACAUCUGUCCACAUGUGAUUUAACCUAAAAUCAUCCUCUACCCUUACCUGAAAUGAUUAGGUCAUAAAGAUUUCAAAUGCGAAUAUUCUAUUCAAGCACACUCUCCUGGUUUUAGGCCUUUUUAAAUUGCACUAAAUGGAUUGAAGGCUGCACAUGACUUCUGUCCUGUGUUUAUAUAUUCUGCUGUAUGUGUGUAAAUACUUUUUCUAAGUAUGACUGCAAUGAGCACUAAGCAGUGUGAAAUCAGAGAAAAAGAUGUGCUGUAAUUUUUUUUAUUUUAAGUCAGUUAAUAAAGUUUGACA